UCUAAAAGAGGUUAACCCGUGAGUAAAGUAAACCAGCAAGUGGUCAUCGCUUCCAAAAGACUUAUCUCUGCCUCUGUUUUUCUCUCUGUUUUGGCUUCCCAUGAGGAGUUUUCUGCUGUUUCAUCUCCUGCUCUUAGCUCUCGCGGGAGAGCUCACCGCUGAAGAUACGAUUCUGAACCCAUCACGGUUGGAGAUGUUCGUCGAUGAGCUUCCGGAUAUGCCCAAAAUCAGAGGUUUUCGUACGGUGAAUGCUUCCCCUGUAGCUACGUCACUCUCCAUUGGCAUGUUUAUGAAGAAAUGGAGAUUCCACAGGGACUUGCCUCCGACGCCGGUGUUCGCCUACGGUGCUUCAAGGCGCAGCGCGACGGUCCCUGGCCCGACCAUCGAAGCACUUUACGGCGUCGACACAUACGUGACGUGGAGAAACCAUCUCCCUCCAAAGCACAUACUGCCAUGGGAUCCUACAAUCCCCACCGCCGUACCCGCCAGCCAGACGGGGAUCCCCACCGUUGUGCAUCUCCAUGGCGGCAUCCAUGAACCCGCCAGCGAUGGGAACUCGAACUCGUGGUUCACCGCUGGAUUCAAAGAUAAGGGUCCCACCUGGUCUAAGAGGGUAUACCACUACAACAAUAAUCAACAGCCUGGAAAUCUCUGGUAUCAUGAUCAUACCAUGGGGUUGACCCGAGUCAACCUAUUGGCCGGCCUGAUUGGGGCCUACGUUAUUCGCCACCCUGAGGUCGAGGGCCCACUUAAACUUCCCUCCGGCGACGAGUUCGACCGGCAUUUAUUCUUUUUCGAUCGUGGGUUUCGUACGGAUGGAUCCUUAUACAUGAAUUCAACCGGAAAUAAUCCAUCUAUACAUCCCCAGUGGCAGCCGGAAUAUUUCGGCGAUGUAAUCAUAGUGAACGGCAAAGCGUGGCCGAAGAUGACGGUACGACGUCGUAAGUACAGAUUCCGUAUAAUUAAUGCCAGCAAUGCUAGAUUCUUCAGAUUUUUCUUCACGAAUGGCUUGGAAUUUGUCCACGUGGCAUCCGACUCGACUUAUCUUGGGGAACCCGUGGUGACCAAUCAAACUCUACUCGCACCGUCUGAGAUUGCUGACGUGGUCGUUGACUUUUCAAAGUCAAAGACCGAUGAAGCUGUUCUAGCUAACGAUGCACCCUACCCUUACCCUUCCGGCGAUCCGGUCAAUGAAUCAAACGGUAAGAUCAUGAAAUUCAUCAUCAAGAAAAUGCCGGAACUCGACAUGUCGCAAGUACCCAAUAAACUGAUCAAAUAUCCGUCGGCGGAUUCAUCUAGCGCGACGCAUACAAGGUAUAUUGCGAUGUACGAAUACACUAGCGACAUCGACGAGCCUACACAUCUUUACAUCAAUGCGAAGCCGUACGAAGCGCCAGUGACGGAGACACCAAAGGCGGGGACGAGCGAGAUCUGGAAUGUGGUUAAUCUGACGGAGGAUAAUCAUCCAAUGCACAUCCAUUUGGGACUGUUCAGGGUGUUGGAUCAAACGGAGCUAGUAAACGAAGAGGAGUUCAAGGGAUGCAUGUCGAGAAAGAACGACGCGGUCAAGUGCCAAAUAAGCAAGUACUCACGUGGCAGAAAAAUAGAGGUGCCAGCACAUGAGAAGGGGUGGAAGAAUGUGUAUAAGAUGACACCUGGAUACGUGACAAGAAUAUUGGUUAGGUUUUCUUACAUACAUUCAAACACGUCAUACACAUUUGAUCCAACUGGGAUGCCCGGUUACGUGUAUCAUUGUCAUAUAUUGGAUCACGAAGAUAAUGCGAUGAUGAGGCCACUUAUGGUGAUGAAAUGAGAAGCAUGUCGUAAAGCUGCCAGAAACUUGAGUUGUUUAUCACUGAUGAGUACGAGCAGAGGGAAUUUUAUAAAGUCGUAGACAUGAAAAAUACCUGAAUUUUUUUUAAUGGAAUAAAUGCCUGAAUGUUAAAGCGUAGAAAUAUUGCUUUAAAAAAUAAAGUAGAUGCAUCUUUACCAACUGGAAAUGUAAUGUUGACAAAGUAUGGUUUAUAUAAUUCAUGAACAAGGAUCCUAUGCCCUUUUGU